GAGCCUGAUGCCACGGACCCUGGAGGGGCAGAUCACCAUGGAGAAGACUCCCAGCUACUUUGUCACCAAGGAGGCUCCUCGGCGCAUCUACAACAUGUCUCGGGCCACGAAGCUGAUCGUGGUGGUGCGGAACCCUGUCACCAGGGCCAUCUCAGACUACACACAGACCCUCUCCAAAAACCCCUCCAUCCCCAGCUUCCAGGCCUUGGCCUUCAAGAACAUCAGCACAGGACUGAUUGACACGAGCUGGAGUGCAGUGAGGAUUGGGAUCUAUGCCAAGCACCUGGAUAAUUGGCUGCAGUACUUCCCCCUCUCCAAGUUCCUCUUUGUCAGUGGGGAGAGGCUGGUCAGCGACCCAGCAGGGGAGAUAGGGAGAGUCCAGGACUUUCUAGGGCUCAAGAGGGUGGUGACAGACAAACAUUUCUAUUUUAAUGAGACCAAGGGCUUUCCCUGCCUGAAGAAGCCUGAGGGCAGCAGCAAACCCCGGUGCCUGGGCAAGUCCAAGGGGAGACCACAUCCCAAAAUAGAUGGGCAGGUGGUGCAGCGCCUGAGGGAGUUCUACAGACCCUUCAACAUGAAGUUCUAUCAGAUGACAGGGCAGGACUUUGGGUGGGACUGA